ACAAAGUUAUUACUCCGUACGUUUCUAUAGGUUAGACAUCUACGUAUUGAAAAUAAUGUAUUGUUACAUUUUCAUAACAGUGUUGUGAUUGAUUUAAAAAAAAAAGUUUAUAUUAUUUUCUUGAGUAAGUUUCGAAGAAACGAUGGGUGUGCCAGCAUUUUUUCGUUGGUUGAGUCGAAAGUAUCCCUCCGUGAUUGUCGAGUGCAUCGAGCAAAAGACAAUAUCUGCAGAUGGAGUAUGUAUUCCUGUGAAUUCUGCCGACCCAAAUCCAAAUGGAGUGGAAUUUGAUAAUUUGUAUCUUGAUAUGAAUGGCAUAAUACAUCCCUGUACACAUCCUGAAGAUAAGCCAGCACCUAAAGAUGAGGACGAAAUGAUGGAGGCUAUUUUUGAGUGCAUUGACAGGUUGUUUCGUAUUGUCAGACCAAGAAAGUUGCUUUAUAUGGCAAUUGAUGGAGUUGCGCCAAGAGCUAAAAUGAAUCAACAAAGAUCUCGACGAUUUCGGGCCUCGAAAGAAACAACGGAGAAAAUUAAUGAAAUACAAAGGAUACGUUCCGAAUUAGCCAAUAAAGGAGCGCCCUUGCCUCCUGAAAAACCGAAGGAAGAACAUUUCGAUAGUAACUGUAUCACGCCGGGCACACCAUUUAUGGCAAGAUUAUCAGCAUGUUUGCAUUAUUAUAUUCAUGAACGUUUGAAUAAGGACCCAGGUUGGAGAAAUAUUAAAGUGAUAUUAAGUGACGCUAAUGUCCCUGGCGAAGGAGAACAUAAAAUAAUGGAUUUUAUACGACGACAAAGAUCACAACCUGAUCACGACCCUAACACGCAACAUGUUUUAUGCGGAGCAGAUGCCGAUUUAAUUAUGUUGGGUCUUGCUACGCAUGAACCUAAUUUUACAAUUAUUCGUGAAGAGUUCAAACCGAAUAAACCAAAACCAUGCGAUAUAUGUGGUCAGUUAGGACAUGAAAUGCGAGAGUGUACAGGUGCAGAACCGAAUCAGGGACAGGAGGAAAAUGCAUUUGGAUCUGAAUGCCAGUACAUAUUUGUGCGAUUAAAUAUUCUCAGAGAAUAUUUAGAAAGAGAGUUAUAUAUGCCAAAUCUACCAUUCAAAUAUGAUUUUGAACGAGCUGUCGAUGAUUGGGUGUUCAUGUGUUUCUUCGUAGGGAAUGAUUUUCUGCCGCAUUUACCUUCUUUAGAAAUUAGAGAAGGCGCAAUUGACAGACUUGUUGCUCUGUAUAAAAAAGCAGUGUACAAAACAGGAGGUUUUUUGACGGACAGUGGCGAUGUUAAUUUAGAUCGUGUACAAUUAAUAAUGUCAGACCUUGGUGAUGUAGAAGAUGAGAUCUUCAAGAAAAGACAGCAAAAUGAACUGGCCUUUAAACAACGUGAGAAGGACAAAAAGAGGAGACAAGAAAUCAUCAGUAACUUUAAACCAAAAUGGAUUCCUGCAGGACAAUUUGCGCCUACUGCCCUUGGACAGACAGUGAAACCAAUAGAAAAUGCACGUUACGAAGCUUAUCAAAUGCGCGUACAGGGUAGGAAUUACAAUACGAAUGCUGGCGAAAAUACAAACGCUAAUCAUGCUUUAGAAAUCAUGUUGAGACCCGAAAUUCCAGGGCAGAAACGUAAAAUUGAAGAAACAUCGGUAGACGACGAUGAUGAUGAGCAAUCGCACGAUGAAGUGCGACUUUGGGAAGAUGGUUUCAAAGAUCGGUAUUAUGAAUCUAAAUUCGACGUCUCACCAGAUAAUCUCGCCUUCAGAAAUAACGUCGCUUUACAAUACGUACGUGGUUUAUGUUGGGUCUUGCGAUAUUAUUAUCAAGGUUGUGCGUCGUGGAGAUGGUAUUUCCCAUACCAUUAUGCGCCGUUCGCAAGCGAUUUUAUUAAUAUCGGUGGUCUCUCUACGGAAUUUGAGAAAGACACUGUACCGUUUCGUCCAUUAGAGCAAUUGAUGGGAGUAUUUCCUGCUGCUAGUAAAAAACAUGUACCUGCACCAUGGGCAAAAUUAAUGACCGAUCCAAAAUCUCAAAUUAUUGAUUUUUAUCCGGAAGAUUUUAAAAUCGAUUUAAAUGGAAAGAAAUUUGCAUGGCAAGGUGUAGCUCUGCUUCCGUUUGUCGAUGAAAAAAGAUUAUUCAAAGCUUUGAUGCCAUAUUACGACAAUUUGACAGAAGCAGAAAAAAAAAGAAACAUUUGCGGCAAUGACAGAUUGUACAUUGGUAUGGGGAAUAGCAAUUAUAAUUUUAUAAAAGGUUUAUAUACGAAUCACAUGGGAUUUGAUAAGGAGAUCGAAAUAAGUAUAAAUGGCAUGCGAGGCACUGUACUCUUAUCGGAAGAUUGCGUGAUUGAUGGGGGUACGUUACCUUCACCUGUGAGAGGUUUGCCAGUCAGGAAUAAUAAAGUGUACUGUGUCAAAUUCAAGGAUCCUAAAUACAGUAGCACUCAUAUUUUCCUCGCUCGUAAAUUAAAAGGAGCUAAAGAACCGCCGCGUGUCUUGAAGCCGCAAGAUUUUGAAGCUAUGAAUCGCAAUAAUGGGAAUCAGUGGAAGCCGCAAAUUGGUUUUACUCGGUCUACACAAUCCGUUUCGUUAGGUCAAGCAGGACAUAGAAUGGUCGAACAUCAUACAAAUCACAAUAGACCGCCGAUGUAUGCGAAUGUUCCUCCACCAGUGAAUUUAUAUCAGCAAUUUCAUGGCUAUCGAAGCGGUGACUACCAAUCGAGAUACGGUUACAAUAGCGCCAGUUCGAGUCAGAAUGGACCGAAUCGUGGACCAUGGGCAAGCGGUUUUGGUCCACCUCCACCUUUUGAGUAUCAGCAUCGUAAUCAUUAUAACAAUCAUCAUCAUCAGCAAUCUUCGUGGAAUAAUUAUCAGAGCACGCAACAAGGAUAUCAGAGCCAAGGGAAUUACUCUUCAACUCGAGGAAGCGAUGGAGGAGGUCACCGAGACAGAUGGCGACGAUAGAUGUAGACAUCAAUAUGAAAAGAUGAAGACUACCUUUAUCGUACAUCGUGUAAGCAUCAUAGUUAAGAUUGAAUUUUCGCGAAGAAUUUUUCGCUACGCAUAAUAAUAAUCAUAAUAAUUAGGGUUUAUUAGGGAUUAUUGUAAGGACUAUUAUUAAGAUCAUUGUCAAAGUACGCGUUCUAAAUGAGAUCAUUACAGAGCAAACGGUGAAACACAUUCGAGUUUUAAAAAAAUAUUCGCACUACAAGUGCAAGUGUUCAUAUUCAACAUUUUUUUUUCUCAACAUCAUGAUAUUAUCGAGCGGAUAAUAUAAUAUUUUGUCUUUUCUUUUAUUUUGGAUUCUCUCUGAGAAGUUUAUAACAAGAUAUUUGUGUAAAAUAGGAUACCUUUUAGGAGUUACGCAUUUUUAUAAAUUUUUACAAAUUGAUUUUUGCCCCUUUAACGCAAAAUUGUAUUCCGUUUCAUUCUUAUCCUGGAAUUCACGAAAAGAAAACGCAUAAUCGAUGAACCAUAUAUGCACAUAUUAUGUAUAAUAAGAACAAUUCCGUGUUGAAAUUUUUCUCCUAUUUUCAAUCUCAAUUUUAUUCUUCUUUAUAGAUUCUAAAGGAUUUUUUGAUAGAUUUAAUUUAUUUAAGAAUCGAGAUCCCUUUGUUUUCGCGCUUUGUAUCUCUGACAAGGAAAUCUCACAAAUCGAAAUUCUGAUUUUGAUGAAAUUUUGCACACAUGUGGGGGGGCGGGCGUAAUAAACGAAUUUAGAAAUUUUUAAUUGCUA